AUGGCCUCCGGUGAGCUCGCCUGCACCUACGCCGCCCUCAUCCUCAGCGACGAUGGCAUCGCCAUCACCGCCGAGAAGAUCGCCACGAUCGUGAAGGCGGCCAACAUCAAGGUUGAGUCCUACUGGCCGGCGCUCUUCGCCAAGCUCCUGGAGAAGCGCAACGUUGAGGACCUCAUCCUCUCCGUUGGAUCUGGUACACCCCCUCUUGCUCUCAAGAUACUUUUGUAUGUUCAUGCCCGUGGUUUGGAAUAUGUGGAUUGCUGCGUGGUGGUGGUGCUGCUCCAGUUGCUGCUGCUGCCCCUUCUGGUGGUGCUGCGGGCCGCAGCUGCCCCGGCUGCUGAGGAGAAGAAGGAAGAGGUUAAGGAGGAGUCUGAUGACGACAUGGGCUUCAGCCUGUUCGACUGA